UGUGAUAACUACCGGAGCGUGCAGUCCAAAGCUAAAGUCAAAACUUAUCCCUGAACAUUUUGAAAUAGAAAAUCGAAACAAACAUGCAGUCCUCCAGCAUCUGUGUCCUGGCCAUUUGCGCCUUCGUUCUGGUCUCCUCGAUCAGUGCCGCUCCCCUGGAUGACUCCCAACAUGCCACUAUCCUGCGAUACGACAACGACAACAUCGGCACCGAUGGCUACAAUUUCGGUUACGAAACUAGUGAUGGUAUCACUCGCCAGGAGCAGGCUGAGCUGAAGAACGCCGGAACCGACCAGGAGGCCCUCAGCGUCCGUGGAUCCGUCAGCUGGGUGGCUCCCGAUGGCCAGACCUACACCCUGCACUAUAUUGCCGAUGAGAACGGUUUCCAGCCCCAGGGUGACCAUCUGCCCCACAACUAAAUAUAGCUCAUUGGUGUAGCCAGUAAUAAUCAGUAUUUCUUCAUGUUGUAAAAUAAAACAGAGUUCUACAAUUUUUUAAUUUUAAA